AUGCCCUCCGCAGACUUCGCCGCCGCCCAGCAACGCAUAGCAGCCCGCCGCGCUCAACGCGCCCUUCAACAGCGGAAUCACCAUGAGCCUCCGCCAUCAACCGCACAACGCGCCCUGUCGCGCCUGCCCUUCCCCUUCAGCAGCCUGUCCACCACGGGAUUCAGCAUCUGGGACGCGAUAAAAGGUCGAUCGGGGACACGACCAGAGUUCCGCGUCGGCCAGGUCGAUGCCGAACUGCUCGACGAAGAACUCCUGACGCUGAUGAAGGAUCAGGUUGGCGAAGGCUUGAAAUACUUUGGAAGCCAUAUUACAGACAACUACUCGGCUGAAAUAUUGCUGGCAUUGAGGGCCGUGCUAUGGAAGUUGAGCAUUUGGGAUCAGAAUGCGAGUUAUGGCGCGCAUCUACAGGGGCUGAGGUAUACCGAUGCGCGGAGUAGUGCGCCCAACCGUCCGCCGCCGAAGCCGUGGCAAAAGGUCGCCUAUGGAGCUGUCACAGUGGGAGGAAGGUAUGCGUGGACAAAAUGGGAAGAGUACCUUUUAUCUGCGUCUGAGGACUAUACUCGACCUGAGAGCCCAAGGUUGAAGCUUCUGGCGCGCUUGAGUGAACUGGCAGGAAACGCGCAUGACGUCCUCGGUCUUGCCAGUUUCCUAGUCUUCCUCGUCGACGGUCGGUAUAGGACCAUUACAGAUCGCCUCCUCCGGCUACGUCUGACACCGACAUCGCACAUGACAUCACGCGAAGUCAGUUUCGAGUACCUUAAUCGCCAACUUGUAUGGCACGCCUUCACCGAGUUCCUCCUCUUCCUCCUCCCACUCGUCGGCAUCUCCCGCUGGCGUCGCAUUCUGAGCCGCACAUUCAAGAAACUGCGAACAACCGUACUCUCCCUUCUCGGCCGCUCGAAGCCCAACAACGAUGAAGGAGAGGAAGAGGCCAAGGCCGCCGGUGAACUAGCCUUCCUACCUGAACGGACCUGCGCAAUCUGCUACCGCGACCAGAACCCAACAACCGCCAGCGAAGCUGAUAUCCUCACCUCCUCAGCCGGUGGCGGCGGCGUCGUCGGCUCUGCAACAACAGACAUCACCAACCCAUAUGAAGCCAUCCCAUGCGGCUGUAUAUAUUGUUUCGCAUGCAUUGCGCAACGAAUCGCAAAUGAAGAGGGCGAAGGCUGGACAUGUCUACGCUGCGGCGAGACAGUCAAGGAAUGCCGACCCUGGAACGGCGACAUCAUCGAGGAACAGCCCCGUCGGGUCGAGCAUACUGAAGUGCACGAACGACCGAGUACAGCAAAGUCUGUUGGCUUCGCUACUAGCCACAACGAUGACGACAAUGAGUUGGAUGAGAAAGCUUUGCUGAGGCAAGUCGAUCCUAUGCCUGAGCAAGAAGACGUCACCGAUGUGACGCAGGAGGAACAAGGCAUUAUGGGAACUACUCAGACACGCGGACUGGAUCUUGGCGAGUCGCUGUUCACCGAGAGCUCCGAAUGGGCACGUGCUAGUGAGGAUCAAAGCAGUGAUGAUGAGCAGAGCGAAGAGUACGACGAGGAUGAGGAAGAAGAGGGCGAGGAAUUGGGCUUUUACGACCAAUAA